AUGUAUGCUUUCAGAGUUUCCCACAAUGCAAUCUCCCUCUUAAUACGUAAUGUUUGUGAAGCUAUCAUCGAGAUAUACGCCGAAGAAGUAAUUGCUUGCCCAGUAACCCCCGAUGAAUGGAAGACCAUCGCAGACGGAUUUGGAGUUCGAUGGCAGCUGCACCAUUGUCUUGGUGCACUUUAUGGCAAACAUAUAGCUAUCAAAUGUCCAAAAAAUGGUGGUUCUCUCUACUACAAUCAUAAGGGCUUCUAUUCCGUAAUUUUACUAGCACUUGUGGAUGCGCACUAUAAGUUUGUUUGGAUCAGGAAGAACAAUGAUAUAGUAGGUGGUAACCGGCUUACUUGUGCUGCUAAAGCUCAGAAAGAGUAUCUCAAGGCUUACUACAACUCGGAAGCAGGAGUAGUGCCUUGGCAGGGAAACAUGAUUUGA